AUACAACGUCAAUUCCGCACGAGGAAACUCCCCUUCCGGUCGGUUUAGGUAACCAUAACAAACAUGGCGACUUACAGACAGGUCGGCAGGUUGUUUGGUAUUUCAGCAAGACUUAGGCGUCCUCUUGCUGGCUGUGGAUAUCAGAGCGCCAGAUUACACUGGCCUUCACACAACACUGGAGUCUCGAACAUAUGGCGACAAAACCCCCAUCGGGUUGUUCUGGGAAGGACCAUGUUUGUGCAGACUCAGGACACACCAAACCCAAACAGCCUAAAGUUUCUGCCCGGUCGUACAGUUCUUGAAUCAGGAACUAUGAAUUUUGCCGGCCCUCGUGAUGCGUACUGCUCACCCUUAGCCAGACAGUUGUUCAGGAUUGAUGGAGUCAAGGGUGUCUUCCUGGGCAACGACUUUAUUACAAUAACAAAGUCGGAUGCAAAUAUGGAAUGGAAAGUAAUCAAACCCGAUGUAUUUGCUGCCAUAAUGGACUUUUUCACCUCUGGACUUCCGGUUGUCAGUGAGGACAGCAAACCUAGCGCAGAUACAGCACCAUCAGAUGAUGAUGAUGAAGUAGUUGCUAUGAUCAAAGAACUGCUUGAUACUCGAAUAAGGCCAACAGUGCAGGAAGAUGGAGGCGAUAUUGUGUAUCGGGGGUUCGAGGACGGCAUCGUUAAACUGAAGCUGCAGGGCUCCUGCACCAGUUGUCCGAGUUCCAUUGUUACUUUGAAGAGUGGAAUCCAAAACAUGCUGCAGUUUUACGUCCCUGAAGUUGAAUCAGUGGAGCAGGUGAAGGAUGAGGAAGAGGAGAGAGAUGCUCAAGUUUGAACUACUCUGAAACCAGAAUCACAUUUACACAUUCCUCUCUCCCCCAGCCACUUGCUUUAAUGCAGGCCAUAGCUGUAAUCAAAUAAACUCAUGUAUAGCAUGGCUGUUUGAAAGACCCCAUCAUCGUCGUCAACAUCAUCAUCGUGAAAUAUAGCAUGGAAGAGCCCAGCCACAGAAACUGAUGACUGUAGACCCAAAAUAAAUUAUAUUUAUUAUUUCAUACUUUCAGACACUAGUCUAAACAGCUUUUAGGUUUAAAAUACAUACUGUAUACAGCACUGUAUGUAAGUAAAUAAAGUUUAUUGAAAUAUUUUAUACAGUAACUGUGUACCUGUCUCACAUGAUCUAAUAGUAAUUUUUUUCUUUCCUAUUUUUUUGUAUGUAGAGUGAAUUAUUUAUCAAUUUUGCAGAAUCAUGCGUCUUUACAAGCCUCUUCCAGUGCAACCAUACAAGAUUACAAUUGCCAAAUAUCAACUAUUGUUUUAAUAAAAUAGUUUUCUGUCAAUCUCCAUGUAGAAAUAUUGCUGUUAUUUGUAUUCUAUCCUAACAAAUACUUGGGGCUGUUUGUCAGACUCUAAGUUUAGAGAUCUCACUCAAGUAGAGCUGUAACCACCACUGAGAACACCAGGGUAAAGUACUCUAAUAUUUCUGUGACUUUGGGGGGUUUAAUGGUGUGACCAUGAGUUUUCAUUCUCCAUUUAUGCAGACCACGUUUUUUUUUCUUUCUUUUUUUGUGGCAUUUUCUGAUAUUUAUCCUCUUUUUUUUCUGAGUAAAUAUCUUAAAGUUUGUAUCUAAGUAUAUUAAAUGUGGGAGUGUAUAAAUUACAUUG